AUGAAGAAGUAUGGGGUGAACCACCGACUGUCCACUCCUUACCAUCCACAAAGUAAUGUUCAGGCUGAAAUUUCGAACAGGGAGAUUAAAAGCAUCCUAGAAAAAACAGUGAGUCCAUCAAGUAAGGACUGGAGCAAGAGGUUGGACGAUGCCUUGUGGGACUAUCGCACUGCGUACAAAACUCCAAUCGGCAUGUCACCAUACAGGCUGGUUUUUGGGAAAUGUGCCACCUCCCUAAAGGAAAUCCAACUGCAAGAAUUGGAAGAACUCAUGCUCAAAUCCUAUGAUGAGGCCAUGUGGUACAAAGAGAAAACCAAGCUGUGGCAUGACAAAAACCUGAGGAUGAAAAAAGCUGCACGUGGGGCAAAAAGUCUUGUUGUUCCAGUCAAGACUCAAACUGAUGCUUGGGAAGCUGAAAUCAAAAUGGGCGGGACCAUAUACCAUCAUUGCCCUUCGAGCAAAACGGAGCAGUGA